AUGCUGAGGCUCCUCCCUGUCCUGGGUCUCCUGUUCAGUUGUUUACUUCCAAGAAGAACAGGGGCAGUUCUCGAUGUCACGCUGGUGUCCGUUACCUCCGAGCACCGCCGGGCCAAUUUCACUUUUUCGUGUAUCACCGGAGAACGGGAAAUGCAAAGUUCGGACUUGCGCAUCGAGCGGGACAAUACCAUCGUGAGGAUCAACUCUGGGCCCCCCCACACCAGAUCACACGAGAAUGAACUGCAGGUCAAAUUCCCCCCCAAGGCGCUGGUGGGCGUGUUCUUUUGCAUCGCCAAGGGGCCGUCUGAGAACACCAAAAUCCUCUAUCCCUAUAACAAUCCUUCUGCUGAUCUGACUCCACUGAGAGUGACGGUAACCGUCAGCAUCAACCAAGACGCCCAUUUAGAGGCCAAAGUGAUAAAGCCAUCAAAUGCAGAUAUUAUGUGGAAAUAUAAUGGAACGUUUUUCCAGACCACCUACAAGAACGAGAUCAGUGACAUGAUCGCUCGACUUACUCUCCAAAAUGUGCAGCUGAGUCAAGCGGGGGUGUACAGUGGCGGGUUUACAGGAGCGACACCCUUGGCCAACGCCUUCUUCAGACUUAUCGUACGAGGGUGCCCAGAGAACAAGUGGGGUCUGUCUUGCCAGAAGGAUUGCCUUGAGUGCUUAAAUGGUGGUGUGUGUCAUGACAUCAGUGGAGAGUGUAUUUGUGCCCCAGGAUUCAUGGGAACCCGCUGUGAAAAGGCUUGCAGAGAGGGGAACUUUGGCAGAAACUGUCAGGAGACAUGUAAGAGGGAUCAGGGCUGUAAGGGACUCACCUUCUGCCUUCCAGACCCCUAUGGAUGUUCCUGUGGCAGCGGAUGGACUGGCGAUCAUUGCCAAAAAGAGUGCCCUGCAGGAACAUAUGGAGCAAACUGUGCCCUGAAAUGUGAGUGUGAGAGUGGAGGCUCCUGUAAUAGGUUUAGCGGAUGUGUCUGCGCCAACGGCUAUCAUGGACAGCACUGCGAGAAGUCAGAUCAUCAUCCUCAAAUCAUCAAUCUUCCAUCUCAGGUGGAGUUCAAUCUGGACUCCCCAGCAGUGUUGACAUGUGCCGCAUCUGGGAAUCCCCAACCUGUCCUGGGGAGUAUAGUAUUGAGGAGACCUGAUGGAUCGGUCAUCACGGCCAGCAAUGCUCUCCUGGAUGCGGAACGCAGCACUUGUACUUUCACCGUGCCCACCAUGACUCUGAAUGACAACGGAUUAUGGGAGUGCCGUGUGUCUACUAGCGGGGGGCAGGACAAUCGUAAAUUUCGUGUACUGGUCAAAGUGCCGCCAACCCCCUUGGAACCACCACGUCUACUGGAGAGGCGUAGCAGGGCGCUCAUCCUGGCACCAAUUCAUCAUUUUUCUGGAGAUGGGCCCAUAUCAUCCAUCAAGCUCCUAUAUCAACCGAAUGGCAUGAAAUCUGACUGGCACAGUGUAAUAGUGGAGCAAAAAGAGAACAUCACUCUUCCAAACCUAAAGCCAGUUACUGCUUACCAGGUGCGCUAUCUGCUGGGCCGGCCGGGCCCCGGUGGUGAAGGAACCUUGGGACCGAUUGCUAUUCUGGAAACAGACUGCAUAGAACCUACUGUGAAACCGGAAAUAAAAAGUUACUCCAAGGAAGACCGACACACAAUAUACAUUAAUUGGCAGCUGCCUUCAUACAAUAGUGUUGGGAAUGGUUUCCUGGUCAGGGUUUAUCAUCCUCCAAACCAGCUUUUUCGAGAAGAGAAUGUGACAUCCAUGGAUAUUUUGUCUACAAAGAUCUACGGCCUCAGCUCCAACAUAGAGUACGUCUUCAGAGUCUUAAUUUACCACUGUACCAGCUUGGGGCCCCCUUCUGAUCCCUACCCCGUUACUCUCAACAGCAAGGGUCCAUCACCCCCGAAGGAUGUCCAUGUUAACCCUCUUUCUCGACAUAGCAUGAAAGUGAUCUGGUCUCCUCCUGACGAUCCUAACGGUGGCAUAAUUAAGUAUACAGUUGAGAGACGAAGGUUUGGAGUCCUUGGGGAGCAGCAAUGGGCCGAUACAGAGGGCCACAACCAGACUUGGUACAUUGUUGAAGGCCUGAACGCCAGCACCUCCUACCAUUUUCGGGUGCGGGCAAACUCCAGAGUCCCCGGAGAAUGGAGCCAAACUGUAAUAGCUUCAACAUUCAGUGAGGAGUCCCAUCACAUGGUCCCCAGCAUGGAGAGUAGGAACCCAAGGGUGCCUAGUUCAGGUCAACAGCUCCUCUUGGCGAUCAUUGGUUCAGUAUCAGUCACAUGUUUUACCAUCAUUGUUGCCUUGCUUGCUCUCUUCUGUAUCAAAAAGAAUUUAUUUCACCGCAGGAAAAUGUUCACCUACCAGUCCGGAUCGGGGGAGGAGACCAUCCUGCAGUUCAGUUCGGGGACUCUGACCCUCACCCGGCGGCAAAGACCACAGACCGAGCCCUUUUCGUAUCCCAUCCUGGACUGGGCGGACAUCAAGUUUGAGGAUGUGAUUGGAGAGGGAAAUUUUGGACAGGUCAUCAAGGCAAUGAUUAAGAAAGAUGGGGUGCGCAUGAAUGCUGCAGUCAAGAUGCUGAAAGAAUUCGCAUCAGAAAAUGACCACAGGGAUUUUGCCGGGGAGCUGGAGGUUCUGUGUAAACUGGGUCACCAUCCAAAUAUCAUCAACUUGCUGGGAGCCUGUGAGAACAGAGGUUAUUUGUACAUCGCCAUUGAAUACGCUUCAUUUGGAAACCUGCUUGACUUUCUACGGAAGAGCCGAGUUCUGGAAACAGAUCCUGCGUUUGCCAAGGAACACGGCACAGCCUCUACACUCACUUCCCAGCAGCUCCUACAGUUUGCCUCGGAUGUCGCAAAAGGGAUGCAAUACCUCAGCGAGAAACAGUUCAUUCACAGGGAUCUGGCUGCCAGGAACAUCCUUGUGGGAGAAAAUCUAGUGGGCAAGAUUGCGGACUUUGGUCUGUCACGAGGGGAGGAGGUCUACGUGAAGAAGACAAUGGGUCGCCUUCCCGUGCGCUGGAUGGCCAUCGAGUCCCUUAAUUACAGUGUUUAUACAACAAAGAGUGAUGUAUGGUCAUUUGGAGUGCUGCUCUGGGAGAUUGUGAGUUUAGGUGGAACUCCAUAUUGCGGGAUGACAUGUGCAGAGCUCUAUGAGAAAUUACCACAGGGAUAUCGAAUGGAGAAACCCCGAAACUGUGACGAUGAGGUGUAUGAUCUGAUGCGCCAGUGCUGGAGAGACAGACCCUACGAAAGGCCAACCUUCAACCAGAUCUCCCUGCAGCUUAUACGCAUGUUGGAGGCCAGAAAGGCCUAUGUGAACAUGGCGCUGUUUGAAAAUUUCACCUACGCCGGAAUCGAUGCCACAGCAGAAGAGGCGUAG